CUUCACGCGCGACGGAACGUCAGGCAGCGGUUUCAAGUUUCAACUGCUUACGGAUCUACAUGUCUAUGAGCACUGCAGGUAGCAGGGCGUAAACUAAGACGGGCAGAGGUGAGCACUGGAGUAUCGAGUGCUGGGAUACGACACAGCUCGCCUCACUACCAGUAGAGAGUUACGGUCGUCAUGGUGAAACACUUAUACGAACACCUUGACUUCUCAAUGGACCUGUAAGAGGGCUCUCAUGGCUGUAAACCGAUGAGACGUGGAGUUUUUUCUGAGGAGACAUCGAUGAUCGCAUGCCCCGGAACAAAGCCCUAAGUGCUCUAGAAGCACAAGUUAUUUCCUCACCACCACUACCAGCUCUCCCAGUAUCUACAACCUACACGACAACAAUGGAGUCUGCCGGUGCCAUCGAUUCGCGAUACCCCGCGACCACAAAGCGAGCCGCUGGCUACAUAAAAGAUGUCCCGACCGACGCCAUGGUUGUCGGUUUCGCCGACAAGCUCCUCAUCACCGUGACCCAAGCCGGACGACUGGCGCAGUGGUUUCACGUUCCCCUCGACAGCGCGCACCGCGUCAUCGCUGAAGAAACAGCGGAAGGAGAAGAAGAUCAAGACGACUCACUUCUCCCGCUCUCGCACCUAACGCCGACCACGCUCCUGGGCGGAACGGUUCCCGAACGCGAAGCUACGGGUCAGCUUAUCGCGGUGCAGCUUGCUUCCAUCAUCACGACUAGGAACAAGGAUGAGGGGAGGAUGGUGGUUUGUGGGCUUGGGUUGAGGUCGGCGGAGUUGGAUCAGCAGGGGUUUCUAGAGCUUGUCGAGCUUGUAGGAAGGUGUUUGUAAAUUGAUGGGUGAACGGGAAUGGGUUCUCCUGAUAUCUAGAGGUUUUGUGGUUUCUAUGUGGUGGGGGUGGAGGACGUGGGAGCGGGGUAGAGGCCGAUCUGCAGGACCCGACUGGCCGGCCAUCUCCGUUCCCAGUUGCUGGCCCUCAAGGUGCCACGAUCUAUCGUGUAACCAACCAUCCUUCCAUAGCUCGAGU